GGAAAAUUGAUGCUGAGCAACUGGAGAGAGACCAAAAAGAGAGAAAGCUCUUACUAACAAAGUAAUAUUAGCCCGAGGUACAGUGAUGGUUCCGGUCAGCCUGCACUGAAGCGGCUGUACUCACUAUCCUGUUUAAGCCAACUAACGUACACUUACUAUCGUGAUUCAGUAGUUAAGCGCGUUUUUUGAGCACAACAUGCUUAGUUAGUAGUGAAUAAUAAGACUUUAGUUAGCUAGCCGGCUAGCCUUUGGAUUGUUUCCGACAGCGGCUUGUAAGAAAGCAUCCAAACGUAGCAAUAUUGUAGUAGCAAUAAUCCCAUUGCUCAGUCCGGGUGUUUAAUUUGUGUUAUGAAAGAAUCAGAGCUUGAUGACUUGCUUUUCGGCAAAAGAAUAAACGGCACUAUUUUGUUGAGCGUUUGGCUAGCUUGGUUGGAAGCUUCUUCGCUAGCUCGUUAACGCUGACGCUGUGAAUGAUUUAUCUUUUAACUGUACAUCUCAUUAGCGUCCUAUGAUUCAGUAAAAACGACAUACAAAUAUAUAUAUAUUAACUCUUAGAUCGGGCUGCAAGCGGACGCCGCGUCCAGCUGAAUCGCCCGGACACACUUGUGAGACUCGGCGUUUGGUGUAAAAGUUAGCUAAAUUGUAGCAUCAGCGGAGUGAGCAGAAACUUGAGGGGGGUUUGUCUAGAAGCAGGUGCUUGGAGUGUCCAAGACAGACGCUACUUUGGCCUUCUGCCUCAGUCAUGGACAAAGAUGCCCGUGUCGAGGAUCAGGAAAAUGGCAAUAAAAUGAUCCACACUGUGAAGACUUCUCUACUGAAUUCUGCCUACCGAUACACCAAGGAGGAGCUUUUGGAAAUCAAAGAGCUACCAAUUUCUAAUGAGAGGCCAGAAUGCCUAUCUCAGAAAUAUGACAGUGAUGGGGUAUGGGAUCCUGAAAAAUGGCAUGCAUCACUGUAUCCCUCAGAGUGUGACUUAUCAGUGGAGGGAUACAAAAGAGACUAUGCUGAGGAUAGACCUCCCCUGAAACGUAGAAUUGCUGACCCACGAGAUCGCAUUAAAGAGGAUGAUUUGGAGGUGGUUCUUAGCCCCCAGCGCCGUAGUUUUGGAGGUGGCUGCCAAGUGGCACCUGCUGCCCUGACUCGCCGUCCCAUCAGCCCCCUUGAGAACAAAGAGAAUGAGUCUCUCCGUCUUGGGGGCACACGGCGUAUCGGAAGCGGUCGCAUCAUGGCUGCACGUGGAUUUGAGAGGGAUAUUCGGGUGGACAAAGAAAGGGACCGUGAAAGGGAACGUGACUUCAAGGACAAGAGAUUCAGGAGGGACUUUGGUGACAAAAGAGUGUUUAGUGAAAGGAGAAGGAAUGACUCUUAUGCUGAGGAGGAGCCAGAAUGGUUUUCUGCUGGACCCACAAGCCAGUCAGAGACCAUUGAGCUUAUUGGCUUUGAUGAUAAAGUCCUUGAGGAUGACAAACGCAAACCUAAGCGCUCAAGAAAGCGGGUCGAGUCUAUAAAAGAAGUUGAGUGCAAUGGUGGUCUUUCUGAGGUGGCACAGGUGGUCCAAGUGAGAGGUGCUGAUCAGGAGGUUCCUCAUCCAGAUGUUCUACCUGAACAAACAGCUGGGGAGUUUGACUUCAACGAGUUCUUUAAUCUGGAGAAGACUAUGCCUGGCCUGGCUUCGAUGAUCGAAGACGUGCUUGGUGAUGGGCCAGUCACAGCCAGCCGCUUUAGCCGCUGGUUCAGUAAUCAGAGUCCCUCUGGUAGCCGCUCCAGCAGCCUGCGCUCCACCCCACAUGAAGAGCUUGAGAAACUAGCAGAUCCAUGCAGUAGUUCUCCUAGUCAGGGUCCUAUGCCCUAUUUCAUGCCAAUUCCCUUGGAGGAGCGGAGAGAGAAGGUGGACAUCUUGGAGCUGCUCCAUAAAGCCAAAAUUGACCUUAAACCCCUUCUUUCCAGCUUAAAUGCAAACAAGGCUCAUUUGAAGGAAAGCACUAACUCUGGGGUGGUGUUGUCUUUGGAGGAGGUGGAGAGUGGUUUAAAGGGGCUGAAAGUUCAGAGUGAGCAGCCUGAGCCAGCCCCCAGGCAGCUGCAGGCUCAGGGCAGAGGAACUCCUUUCAUGGCUGAGCACCUGGAAGAAGCACUCACAGGAGGCACGGGGUUCAUGGCCCGUCCCCGUGAUCCUGACAUGUCUGCCUUCAACAAGCUGGUGAGCAGUAUGAAGGCAAGUGGAACCCUGCCCACCCAGCCCAAGCCCAGCGCGAGCAGUCUGCAGCAGUCUGCAGAUCCUGCCAUCCUGAGCACCAUAACUGAGGCUCAGGCACCUGCCAUACAGCAGAAGAAUAUAUUCCAGGAGUUGUUGGGUGUUCAGGGACCUCCACGGGUGGGUUCUCCACUCUUGAGUGGUCUGUUGGCAAAUCCUGAAGCUGUAUCUGCUCCAGCCCCUGGCCUCUUGCACCACCGUGGCUCCUCACCCACUAUUUUUUCACACAGAGGUCCCAUUCAGGACAUCUACACAGGCAUACAGACAGGAACAGGUUUCCCUGUUGGCUCACAACAAAUUCCUGAGAUGCACAGAGCUUUAAGUCCAGGCCCCACUCCACAACAGUUGAGGGCACUGUCUAUGGGAGUGGACCAGGCAGAAUUGGAUGCUAUUAUGUUCCAGGAUCUGGCGUUACAUGGUCGCCAGUACCAGCAAGGCUACAACAAACAUGGCCAUGAUAAAUCCUUCCGGAACAGGCAGACGAGGAUUAACCGGUCCCCUGGCCCUCACCUGCCGGGAAGGAAUUCCCCCGUCACUGCAGUCACUAGUAUGCUGUCUCCAUCUUUUACUCCAACCUCAGUGAUUAAAAAGAUGUAUGAGUCAAAGGAGAAGACUAAAGAUGAGCCAAUGAGUAGGCCAGGAAGCAAAGAGAACGCUGCAAACUCGCAGGAAGACAGUCCUUCCCCCAGCUCCUUCAUUGAUGGUGUGGACAGUGGUGGGCCUCAAGCAGGUGGCAUAAAAGCCUGCUCCACCCCUGUAUCUGCUCAGAAUCGCCACUCGAAAGAGGCUGAGCGAGCCAGGCCUAGCUCUACCACAGGGCUUCACACUCCUGCUAUGUUGUCCCCAGGGUCCUCCUCUUCUUUCCCUAGACCCAUUUACCCAGUACCUCUUUUGUCUCACGUCCCCUUGGUUAGGCCUCCACCACCACAACUGCAUCCUAGUGUGGUACAGAGGAUGAUCGCCCAGGGCAUCCAGCCUCAGCAACUUGGACCUGCACUCUUACAAACAGGACUUUUCCCCCAGACUGUAGAUCUGUCCCAGCUGCAGGGUCUGCCUCCUGCUCUCUUAAGCCAGCCUUUGUAUCCACUUGGCACUACAGGACACCCACUUAUUCCCCCCAGAGCUGCUGUACCACAUAUGCAGUUAGCAGUCAUGCAACAACAGUUCCAACAGCAGCAGAGACCUAAUAUACACACAGUGCCCACUGGAACCCCACAGUCUCACAGCCACACCACGCAUCGGACAACCCACUCUCAGCGGCGAGCAGGGAGUCCACCUCUAGGUCUGGCCAAGUGGUUUGGCUCGGAUGUGCUACAGCAACCUCUCCCUUCCAUGCCUUCUGCUAAAGUAAUCAGUGUUGAUGAACUGGAGUUCCGCCAGUGAUUUACGAUCCAGCAGCCAGUUACAGAGUAAAGCAAGACCCUGCUUCCUCAUGGCCCUGUUUAGUUUAAAAAAAAAUAAAAUAAAAUAAAAAGGUGAACUUUAAUUUCUAUGAAAAUGUACAGGUGAUGGAGCCCUGUGUUUAAUAUGCUCAGUCAUAAACCUUACCGUUGUUGAUAGGCCUAGAAGUUUAGAGAAUGUCCUGGACUACUUUUUUGUUUUGUUUUCCCUGCGGAAAUUGUCCUAUCGAAGUAUUUAGGGAUUUUACUUUUUCUUUUUUCUUUUUUUUUUGUACUUUUUAUUUGCAGUAAAGAAGUAAAUAAUGUAUAGGCCAGAAUUGUACAGACUAUGGGAAUUUUUUUCCUCCCUGUACAUAACUUUCUUUUUUCUUCUUUCUUUGCUGUGUGGAAGGUUUGAGUAAAUAAUGGGGCUGUUUGGGAGUUUUCCCCCCCCUGGCUCUCCCUUUUUUUUCCACAAGUAGUGGGGUUCAUUUUGCAGCGUUGGAUUUGGUCUGAGUGGGUAGGCGGCACCACUGCAGAUGCCCACAGGUGUAUGAACAUUACUUUCCUGACCAAUACACCAUCUCUCAUGGACAAAAGUAGUUGGAACCUGCUGGAGUUGAGCCCAAGUGGGGGCUACAGUAUGAAUGUGCCUUCCGACACCCCCCGCCCACCCCUUCUUUAUGCCCUCUCCCCAACCUUCACUUCCUCCCCCUAGCCAGUCACUAAGAGAAGCACUGCGUUGAAUCACGUUUUGUUUUAGGGUGGCAGGGGUUGAAUUCAAGGAAUUGUGCUACUAAUUUAAAAAAAAAAGCACAAAAUAAAAUGUUCAAUAAAAAUAUCCACUUGUUUUUUUGUUAA